AUGGAAGAGCUCGGCGCUAAGGACAAACUGGAAUUUCUAUGUGACAGUCAUUCAAUGAACAUACAUGUUGCUGCACAUGAAAUUCUCGAAAAAUAUUUCUACUCAUCUGAUGAAAACGAAAUGACCACUCAUGAAGCGGUCGGUUUGCCGCCCUACACUGGUGCCGUGGCACGCGAUACAGUGGAUGAAACUAUCGAUAUGAUUGUAAAAAGUGUAUGCCUUUGA